AUGGAGUGUUUUGUUCCACCCCUUCGGUUUUCUACCGUUGAACCACACCUAUAUCGUGGAUCCUAUCCUCGCAAAACGAACUUGGCUUUUCUCAAACUGCUACAAUUGAAGACGAUCGUUUCACUCACUCCAAACCCCAUUACCAAGCAGACGGACCCUGUGCUUUACGAUUUCGCCAGCACCAAUGGCAUCGAGUUGAUUCAUAUUGAGUGUGCACCACUGGGCAAGGGCAAAAAACGUGGUGUUCCUCUCGAUUAUACCACCAUUCUACAAUGCCUAAACUAUGUCAUCCAUCAACAGUACGCACCAGUUUAUAUCCACUGCAUAAACGGCGGUCAAGUCACAUCAUUGCUCGUUGCGUGUCUCCGAAAGCUACAGUUUUGGAGUAGCAUAACCAUCUUUAAUGAGUUCAUCAAUUUUGCAGCCUCGAUAACGGUGAAUGACCGGAAAUUUGUCGAUGGGUUCAACGGUGAAGUAAUCGUGGGUGAGAACAAGGUGGCAUGGUUGUGGAAGGGUAUGUCUAAAGGAGUUGUUGAACGACAUCCCAACGUAAGGGUCGCCGUCGCUAGGUAG